GUGUUACCCGGGCGAGGGAGGCGGAGGGGCGGCGCCGAGUGGAGGCGAGAGUCGCUGCGGCCGGGCCCAGCCAGUGCCGUCCCCAGCGCGGGGAAAUGGAGGCUGUGGGCGGCGGCGGCAGCGGGCGCUACCUGACCCCGACGGCCAGGGAGCUGCUCCGGAUGCUGGGCAGCUGCAGCAAACACUCCUCGUACCUCAGGCAGAACCUGCGGGAGACCAAGAAGUACUUCAAGGAGCUGCGGCAGCCGCACUGCAUCAGCCUCGGGCCCCAGCCCGCAGAGCCGGGCUCCGGGCAUGCAGACGCCGACACCAGCAUCGGCUGUCUGGAGGGUGCUUUGUGCUGCAUAUCGUUCCCAAGGCAUGAAGAGGACUACCUCCAAGCAACAGUGGGCUGCUUUCCCUCCAUUAUGAUCCUGGGUCAGAAUUGCUGGGCCAAGUGUUAUGUUCUGAACAGUCUGUUGGGUGAAAGGCUCUUGCCAGUUGUCAAGGGCAGCAAUGAAAAUAAGUGUAAAAGGCGUCGGCUGAAAUUCACCCAUGGUAAGAGGACAAGUAUUAGCUUGGCUUUGCCUGGACAUUAUGUAUUGGUCCAUCAUCUUGCUGCACACCAGGGCAAAUGGGACACAAUUCCUGAAGAGGACCUAGAAAUCCAGGAUAGUGAAGAUCCUGCACAUCGUGCAGCUCAUUUGGAAGUAACAUUACACCAUCCAUUAUUGCAGGAAAUGGAUAUCCUGGUUCUCCCAUGUUAUGAAACCCAGGCGGAAGGGGGCACAUUAGAUGACUGUUUGAGACAUUGCAUGCCAAUUAUUGUCUAUGCUAUCAGUGAGGACCGUUUGACGGACUAUGAAGAAAGAGAGCUGGAGGACAUGAAGAAGAAACAUGCCCUACCGAUUUUCUUCAUCAAAGUGCCAAAACAAUUGUCAGGUCACCACCCAGAAUCAUGCUCGGGACCAGACAAGGAUCACCUAGUGAUAAGUUCAAAGACUGAAAAAGAGAAGAGCUCACUUUAUCGUCAGCUUACGAAGCUGGAGUACUUAAGUCCCACAGGGUGUGGAAUAUCUCACACCAACAAAGCCACAAGCACAUUGGUAGAAAACUUUGACAAGUUAAAGCAGCUUGGAGUCUUUGCAAAGCAAGUGGUGCAGAUGCACCUUGUUGAUGCAGCAACUGUGCUGAAUGGUGUCCACUGCCGUUGUUUAGAUAUCUUCAUCAACCAGGCCUUUGAUAUGCAGAGGGACCUGCAGAUUACUCCCAAGAGAUUGGAAUACACCAGGGACAAGGAGAAUGAGUUGUACCAGUCUCUGAUGAGCAUAGCAAACAGGAAGCAGGAGGAAAUGAGAGACAUGAUUAUUGAGACUCUGAGCGGCAUGAAGGAAGAACUUAUAGAAGAGGCAGCAAACUUGCAAUUCAAAGACAUGAUCAUCUGUGAGAAUGGUGAGACUGUUGGCAAUAAGGACAUUAAGUGCUGCAUCAAACAGAUUCAGGAGUUGAUUAUUUCUCGGUUAAAUCAGGCAGUUGCUAAUAAACUAAUCAGCUCUGUUGACUACCUUCGAGAGAGUUUUGUUGGGACCCUUGAACGCUGCUUGAAGAGCCUGGAGAAAUCCAACCAGGAUUCUGCAGUUAACAGUGUCGCCAGCAAUCACCUGAAGCAGAUUUUAAAUGCUGCCUAUCAUGUUGAGGUGACAUUCCACUCUGGAUCAACAGUUUCCCGGCUGCUUUGGGAGCAGAUCAAGCAGAUUAUUCAAAGGAUGCCUUGGGUACACCCUCCAGCUAUAGCCAUCGAGUGGAAAAGGAAAAUUGCUCAGGAUGCCAUCGAGAGCCUUUCUGCAUCAAAACUUGCGAAAAGCAUUUGUAGUCAAUUCCGCACCCGUCUUAAUAGCUCACAUGAGGCAUUUGCUGCCUCUUUACGGCAGCUUGAAACAGGACUUUCAGGAAAACUUGAAAGAACAGAGGAUCUCUGGCUAAAGGUACGGAAAGACCAUGCCCCACGACUAGCUCGUCUUUCAUUGGAAAGUCGUUCUCUCCGGGACUUGCUGCUGCAUGGUAAACCUAAACUUGGAAGUGAGCUGGGCCGUGGUCAGUAUGGAGUUGUGUAUCUCUGUGAUAAUUGGGCUGGUCACUCUCCCUGUGCUCUCAAGUCCGUUGUACCUCCAGAUGACAAGCACUGGAAUGACCUUGCACUCGAAUUUCACUACACAAGAUCUUUACCUAGACAUGAGCGGCUAGUUGAUCUUCAUGGGUCAGUUAUAGACUACAGUUAUGGAGGUGGCUCCAGCAUUGCUGUCCUGUUAAUCAUGGAGAGACUACACAGAGAUCUCUAUGCUGGGCUGAAGGUUGGUCUCAAGCUUGAAGUACGUUUACAGAUUGCCCUUGAUGUAGUGGAAGGUAUCAGGUUUCUCCACCGACAAGGCCUUGUGCAUCGAGAUGUCAAAUUGAAAAAUGUCUUGUUGGAUAAGCAAAAUCGAGCCAAAAUCACAGAUCUGGGAUUUUGCAAGCCUGAGGCAAUGAUGUCUGGGAGCAUUGUGGGAACACCUAUACACAUGGCACCUGAGCUGUUUUCAGGAAAGUAUGAUAAUUCGGUAGACGUGUAUGCUUUUGGCAUCCUUUUCUGGUAUCUCUGCACGGGGACAAUUAAACUUCCGGAAGCAUUUGAGAAAUGUUCAAGCAAGGAUCAGCUGUGGACCAAUGUGAAGAAGGGUGCAAGACCAGAAAGGCUUCCUGCAUUUGAUGAGGAGUGCUGGCAACUGAUGGAAGCUUGUUGGAGUGGUGACCCUUCACAGAGGCCCCUACUAGGAAUUGUUCAACCCAUCCUCCAAAGCAUCAUGGACAGGCUCUGCAAAAGCAAUUCUGGGCAGCAGCGAAAAGAUGGCUCAACGUGAAGUGUUGAAGGCAGUGCAGACUUGUAGGAAAUGUCCGUGAUGUUGAUGGGGGUGGGUGGGAUGGGUUAAAAAUGACCCAGUUCAUUGAGGCAGGUUUGUUUGCAUUGAACCAGUAUCAGUAUUAACACUAGUUUAGUGUCACUGUUUACCAUCUGCUAUGCAGCACAAAAGUAAAACUUGAUUUUUUUUUUGACUUGGUGAUGCAAUACUACAGCUGCUUGAGACUGAUGCAAGGAAUUCUUUGUUUUUUUUUCCCCCAGCAGUAUUUUUGAGCAAAUCUUGUUUGGGGCUAUGAGUUGUCUCAGAAUGCCAUAAAUAGAAGGUGCAGAAGGAAUAUUGCUUAUUUGUGUCUCCUCUCUCUCACUCUGAUCCAUGCAAACUACUGCUUCCUGAGCAUGUAUCGGAGUCACUGGUAACUGUUCAGCUGUUUGAUGUUGAGGGAGGAGAGGAAAAAUAACUUUAAACAUUGGGCUUUUGGUCCUUUUCCAUUUUUUGUUCUAAUUCUAAACAUUUUUUAUAUGCUGGCACUUAUUCGCUUGCCACAAAUAGUGUCACUUUGCACUAAUUUUACACUUCAGUUUGUUUGAUGACACAGAUAUUGGGAAAUUAAUGCAGAGCUGCACUAUUUGUUUUGUCUGCAUUACUAUGUAUGUGAAAUGGUGAUGAUGCUCAAGCUUUAGAAUGUAUUAUGCCACCUUAAUGCAUGUGUCUGGAAGGAAGAUGUUCCUUUUGCAAAAAAAAAGGCCACCAUCUACUUUAUCUAAAGCUUUAGGAUCUUUGUGUAUUAAGAUCCAUUUCAAAACAUUAACAAACACUAUCACUUUGCACAAUAUCAUUGUUCAGUUCAAUGAAAACUAAAAAGUCUGCUGAUAUAAAGAAAAAUGCUCAGAAUUGAAGUAUAAAACCGGUCCAAUUGUGCCCUUAGUCUCUGUCCUUUUAGUGCUCUGGUGUUUAAAUUCCAAAUGUUUGCCAUGUUAUAGAUUCGUUGGCUUUUGAUCUGAAAUCAACAGUCUCAAGAUGGAGGACAGAAGCAAGGUUGUUACAGUCCUUAUCUUUCUAUGAGCCCUUAAAAGACUUUCAAGGAAUUAGACAGUGGGAUACCUCCUGAUUUGAAUACCCUUGGAACUGUCUAGUAUUACACUACAUUUUCUGCUGUUGCACAUUGUUCCAUUUUAGCAUCAAAAAACCAAGUUGAAGAUCACCCAGUUUUUACUAAUUUCUGUAACCUGUCUGUCCAUUUGUCGCUCCAUAGCUACUGAGGAAUGACACAUUGGUUGACCAUAAGCAAACUUGGAAUCAACAUCAUUCCAAGUGUAUUUGAUUGGGCCUUUUAAUGGGAUAAGGUGAACCAACACCCACAUUUUACAUUCCACUCCAUUUUGGCAAAGUGCAAAUUGGAUGCUUGAUCAUCCUUCAUUUUGUGCGAUUGCUUGAAAUUUGUUUUCACUCCCAGGAAAUCUCUUCUCAUGUGGUCUUUUAUAAAAUAUAUUAUUUUUAAACUAUUGUGUAAUUUCAUUGUUAACUUAACUAUUUGAGUGAUAUUUGUUGCACUCUUGAGAUUGUCUUUUGUCCUUAAAGUUAGAUAUUAUUAAGUCUACCAUAUCUUUAAAUGUAGUCCUUCACUGUUUUAUUUCAGACCACAACAGUAUGAUUUUCAACUUUGUCACACAAGCAAGCUGCAUAGCAUGGAUCCAUGUUGGUUAUAUUUUUUGGGGAGAAAAAAAUUGGGCCAGAUGAGUAAAUGAGUUAGCCUUGUAAUAGUGAUGGAAAGUGUUGGAGGAUAGACUGAUUUAUUCUGAAAAUGAGCAACAUCUGCCCACCCCAACCCAUUUUACCACCUUGGCAUUUGUUUCCUUUUGCACUUCUGAGCAGAGGGGAGCAUUGAACACUCCACCUUUCCUGAAUCUGCUUGACAGUGAGAACACUAUUUUUUUAUAUAAACGAAUUAUGUGCUAAUAGCUGGAAUGGUCUUGCAGUUCACUAUUUUAAUCAUUAUGGAUUGUUCAGUCUAUGUAAAAUGCAGGUCUUGAGGUUUUUGUUUACCAUCCACUCCAACUCUGCCUUGAACUGUUCGCAUGGUUGAGAGAAGGAUUAGAUGAUCGUGGGUUUGGUGGACAGACAAACAAUGUUUAUUUUAGGGAAGGGGGUAUCUCUGGGCAAAUUUAACUGUUUUAAUGUAAGGGUGAAUCGGCUGUAAACAUCUGCACACUUGAUAUGAAGGCUGAAACUUUAUUUCCUUAAAUCUGUUCAUGAAAUAAUGGUGGUAUGAAUAGUUGUGCUGAUCCUUGUAUAGAAAUGCUACAUCUCCCAGAAGGAGACAUUUUUGAGUGGCCACUUGCACUGAGAGCUUGGGUCUGUUACAAAGACUACACCAACUUGGAUACAUGCAAAAACUAUCUUUUUAUUAACCACCUAGUUCUGUAUACCAGUAUUGCUUUUGGGGUAAGAAAAUUGCUUUUGUUACUGUUUGUUGCUGUUAGUGUUUUACAAAUCAUGUAAUGUAAAAACAAACUUCAUUAGGAUGGGAUUAAGUCUGAGGUCGCUAAUUUGUACAUGUCUAUUACAUUUACAUUUCAAACCUUCAUGUCCCACUUCUUAGAGUCUACCAAAUUGUAAUGGUUACAAGAGGCAUGGAUCCUCAUCAGUCUGUAACUUGAACACCAGACCAUUAAAAACACUACACUGCAAAGGAUGGUAGGUGGUGAUUCACUGUUGGAAUUCAAUACCAAGAAUCCACUAUUUCACAGCAAAGCAGACUUGUUAAUUGGGUGAAAGAAUGCUGGAAAUCAGCCAACUUUGAAAUUAAGUUUCAAGAAAGGGGGUUUCUGUGCAGGUCAGUAACUCCAAGAACUAAAAAGAACUCUACAUCUUUUAAUUAUCUGCGCAAAAUACUUUAAAACCCCUGGGGUAAUUAGUGGAAGGGCUCGGUGUUUGUAGGGUGACCAAUUUGUCCACACAAACUAAUGCUUUUUUUCUUUAAAACUAGCUUAAUAUUCAUAACUAUCUUUUGCAUUUUCUGGACUUCACUACUGUUCAGAGAUCAACAUAACAUUAGUCCUAAUAUCUAUUCUGAACAGGCUUUGAGAUUGUGUUGGGAGGGAAGAUAUUACUGUUAAUUCAGUCAUUUCAAAUAUUUUUUGCAGAAUCUAUUUUUUCCUAAAAUAGCUUGGAUUUCUGGUUUCUUUGGUUCAAUUUUUAAUAUUGAGAGUAUUAAUAAUUGAACCACCUACAUUGGAUGAAAGAUUAAGCUUGUGCAAGUUUACACAAAGCCUAUUCAUUAGCAAAGUUGUUCUUUCAUUUUAAGACCUGCAUGUGAUUCCUGCAUAGACUUAUUUCCUUCAGCCUGUCCUGAUGUGUUCCUUGAGUUAAGGUCAGCUUCAGCUACAUCCCUACUACAUGUAAACCGCGUAGAACAAAACUAUCUUUGGAAGUCAUGGGCAAAUUGGGAGCACAAACACUUAAAGUGAGGUUGGAAUGUGAUUAAAUUGGUGUUACUGCAGAGAAGGGAGAGCUUUAUUUCUCCUCCUGGCCCCAGCUGUACCUCUCCCUGUAAGUUGCAUCUGAGACGUAAGGAGAAGUAUUCAUUGUCUCAUUGAACAUUAAAGUUCCCUGAAAUUAGAAUGUUAUAUGGGAAACGGCACUUAAGAAAACAUUGUUACUAUUAAACUUUAAGAACGUUUUGGAAAAGCCAAAGAAAUUAAAGAAGAUUUGAGUAUAAUUCAUAACAAGCAAUUGAAGGAAUGUGAGGAGAAAGGGGCAACGCUGCCUUUGAACAAAUUAUCUUCAUAUUGAAGCCUUGUCGAGUCUAGUUCUCCAGAGUCACAAUCUUCAGCUUGGUUUAUUUCUAGUUGCAUUUUCAAACUGGAUCAUAUUUAUGUUCAGGGAGUCAUGAACCUUCAGCCAGUUUCCUCUUCUGUCAUCUUUUGAUGGAGAGCUUCAGUGGUUUAAAUCUUGAUCACAAUUCGUUAAGGAAUCAUCCCAACCUGAGCAUCCUGGCUGGGUUUGGUUUGAAUUUCUCAACUGCUUAAGCACCAUCUUUGGGAGUGAAGAUAUGGUCCAAGUGCAUUGGAGUGCUUAAGGUGCAAAGCAGAUAGGUGCAGAUGCUCCAUUUUGUGCCCCCUUGCUGUUUGUUGGUAAGCAUAUGAAGGGAAAAAUAGUGUUAGUGUCAUUAUUAUUUCAACAAAUGUUGUACAGUCAGUUGCAUAAUGUUGAAGUCAGAAGCUGCUGGUUUUUCUGAAGUAAUGGAUGAAAUCAGAUUUCUUUCAGUCAAAUAAGAUCAUGUGGAGAUUCCUGUUUCUCUUUUUGGUGCAUUGUCGUCCACACUUGAUUUUAGUGAUCCUUGAUCUUUGUGCAUUCCACAGAAACUAGCACUAAGCCAGAAUAUUCUGAACCUUGGAAUUACUCCAAACAGACAUGAGAGUGCACUUUUUAAACUUCGGUACUUUUCUCCUCAUUCCCACAAGUUGACCUGUUCCAGGUGGUGAGAAGUCUUGAUGUCAUGUUCAAGCAUUUAAAGCUGCUGCUGCUGGCAAAAACAAAGCAAAGUUUUGAUGGAAUUAUUAGUCUGGUUAUGGACUGGUCUCUCCCUCAUUAUAUUUUGUUAGUCUCUGUCAUUGUAUUUUGUGUGCUUGUUUAGCUCCAUUUGUGUUGUGUGUAAAGCAACAAGACCCAUUGCACUUGUUAGUUCUUCAUAAAUUCCUAAUAAGUGAAAAUGGGACUUCAUUACUCAAACUAUGGUUACAUGGAUACUACUUUGUGUUUGUGAGCUCCUUUUGGUCAGCUACCUGCAACUGGUUUGCACUAGUUUUUGAUUUUUUUUUAUAUUAAGGCACUGCUCUUCAUUCCAUUAGCAAAAGUCUAGCAUUAAAAAUUCCCAGGGUGGCAUGUUUACAUAUGGUGCAUGUUUUCAUCUGUCUUCCUUUGGCCAUGCUGAGUCUUGAUCCAUCUUUCCCUUCAUCCCACAAAGUAUUUAGGAUGUCCAUGUUCCACAGGACUUAACUGGACAUUCUACUGAAAUGUAACCAUCCAACAUGUCAUCUUCCUGCUUGGCCUACUUCCCUUCAAUGUACCAUGGUCCAGGUUCAUGCACUUUUCCAUAGGAGUGCUCAAUUCCAUGUGGGCAAACAAAGUCCGUACUACUAAUUGAAUGUGGUUUAUUAAUAAUUACGGCAAUCUAUCAUAAAACCAUAUUUGCUUAAAUAUAUUAAGUGGAAGUAUAUCCACAUCUAUUUGUAUAAUGCAUAUAGUUGUAAAUGUGGUAUGUGAGAAAGGAUGAUUGAUCUUAUUGCUUUAUUUAAAAUCUUUUUUGGAAAGACUGCAGUGGACAAUGGACAAAAUGAUGAGAAAAUAAUUACCCAUAAGGUCCCAUUUAUAUAACUUCUAGUUUUACUUGCAACUUUUAAAUCCUCUGCUAAUUUAUGACCUAUUUACUUUCAUCUUGAUCAUUGAUGCACAUGUUUGGGUGACAAGUAAACUCGCAUAUCAUCCCAUCACUUUUGAGAGUUUGGUCAGCAUGUUAGUUUACUCAUUUCCCAAGCUUUGGUGCAGUUACAUGCAAAAUUUGUCACUGCAGAAUUCUGGGUCUUUUCAUCGUAUCAUGGUUGCAGAAACAAUCCUUUGGAGAAGUUCCCUCUAACCAUUGCUAGUACUCUGGCCACUGACACCUUAACAUGAUUUGAUGAUAUAAGCAAGGAAUUGAGGCAAAGGGAUGAGAACUCCUGUAUGUGUGUAUUAUGUUAGCUUGUGAAUGGAAGGGUAUGUUCUUGGUAAGUGUCAAAAAUCCUGUUUUUUUUCCCCUUAAAGUCUUCCCUCUUCACUGCUCAAUCUACUCACCCUAAUUUACCCAAAUCUAAUUGAACUCAACAUCCUCCCUAGGCUACCUGUUAACAGGAAACCAAGAUGGCAUUAUAUAUAUCCUAUAUAGGUAUUUGGAUGUCUCCAAAUGAUUCCCCAUCACUCUCUUCCUUUAAUGGGGAGGGCAUGGAGGAAGUAUUUGAAGCAAUACCACAGUAUAUCCACUUUUGAGGGAGACCUCUGUGGGUAGAACUUGUUGGCUAGCUGCACAAAUCAUCAGCACAAUCUUGUAUAGAACAAUUGUUUUUUAUUGUCCUCCUGUUUGGUACAUUCUGACACACUUUAUUUUAAUGCAAAUGGUGACUAGACUCUGCAUCAUCAAGGUGAUCUUUUAAAUGCUAAAUAUGCUUGGACUCUCGUGCAAUGGAAAACAAUAACUAGUUUGGUGCAUAUUAAUAUUUUACCAUUGUGUAUUCCUUAUCUUCAAUUAUGCCAUUGGAUAAAGUAUAAAGAUCAAGUAAUUAUUUUAAAGUGUUCUAUUGUUAAAAUGCCAAUGUUCUCAAAUCCUUGUUUUAUAUAAAAACUGGAAAAAUGCACAAAAUACAAGGUGCUUAUAUAAUAAAGAUGAACAUUAACC